AUGGAUUCCAGACAGCCAGAGGAUGACGCACAAGAAGGCGCGACACUGGUGAUGACGCCUCACGCCGACGUAGUCGGGAUCAUCCCUUCGGCGCCGCCCCUCAAGACCAGGUGGCCACCAUUCGCGCUCCGCCGUUACGCCGGCGGCUUCUGGUUGCCCGAGGUCACAGCGAAGGAGGGCUUGCCAGCCGUCCAUUCCUGCUUCGUGCCAAGGCCCACCGAUGUGAUCCUCGCGAGCUUCCCCAAGUCCGGCACCACCUGGCUCAAGGCGCUCGCCUUCGCGACGCUGAAGCGUUCCACGCACCCGCCGUCCGACGGCGACCACCCGAUGCGCCAUCGCAGCCCCCACGAGUGCGUCCGGUUCCUCGGGAUCGAACUCAACGACAGGAACAAGGACGAGUUCGAGGCGCUCCCGUCCCCGCGCGUGCUCGCUACGCAUCUUCCCUAUUCCCUGCUGCCCGACAGCAUCAACGAGGACGGGGAGCGCUUGGGGUGCCGGAUCGUGUACGUCUGCCGGGAACCCAAGGAUGCGCUGGUCUCCUACUGGCUGUUCACGAGGAAGGCGGCGGCGGCGAGGGGACUUGACGUCCGGUCGUUCACCAUCCAGGAGGCAUUGGAGCUGUUCUGCGAUAGCCGGUGUCCGGACGGCCCGCAGUGGCUGCACGUCCUCCAGUACUGGGAGGAGAGCUUGAGGAGGCCUGAAAGGGUGCUGUUCCUAGGUACGAGGAGAUGUUGCUUGAGCCUGAGGCGCACGUUAGGAAGCUAG